UCUUCCACUCUUUCCACAGAUUUAAGGGACUCAGUUUGUGCAAUUAAUCUCUUUCAAUUACCUUACCUACACAAAUUAUCAUGUCUUCAAGAGUUUUUACAAAGUUGUUAAAGCUUUUGUUGUUAGUUUUGUGUACAUUAUGGAUUUCUGCUACAAAGGCCACUGUGUCGUACGACGAAGAAGCUAUCCUCAUCAAUGGCCAAAGAAGGAUUCUUAUCUCAGGAUCCAUUCACUACCCAAGAAGCACCCCUGAUAUGUGGCCUGGCCUUAUUCAAAAGGCGAAAGAUGGAGGCUUGGAUGUCAUUCAGACAUAUGUGUUUUGGAAUGGACAUGAACCUUCUCAGGGAGAAGUAAAUGAAAAUCUAUCACAUUUGCUUUUCUUUUUAUUUACUCCAUUGAAUUACUCAACGACUCACAAGUUCUUGUUUCAGUACUAUUUCGAGGAUCGGUACGAUCUGGUUCGAUUCAUAAAACUGGUGCAACAAGCUGGCCUUUACGUUAAUCUUCGGAUCGGCCCCUAUGUUUGUGCUGAAUGGAAUUUUGGGGGAUUUCCUGUUUGGCUCAAGUAUGUUCCCGGGAUCGAUUUUCGAACGGACAAUGAACCUUUCAAGGCAGCAAUGCAGGGAUUCACAGAAAAAAUAGUAAAUAUGAUGAAACAAGAGAAACUGUUUGAACCACAAGGAGGCCCUAUAAUUCUGGCUCAGAUAGAAAAUGAAUAUGAUCUUAUGGAGUAUUCAGUUGGAACACCUGGAAAAAAUUAUGUGAAAUGGGCAGCAGGAAUGGCUGAAGGGCUCGGAAUCGGAGUUCCGUGGAUUAUGUGCAAGCAAAGGGAUGCUCCUGAUCCAGUUAUCAACACCUGGAAUGGUUUCUAUAGUGACCAAUUUUAUCCAAACAAGAACUAUAAGCCCAAACUAUGGACUGAGAACUGGAGUGGCUGGUUAGCGGAGUUUGGCGGUCCAGUUCCCUACCGGCCUGCAGAAGACCUGGCAUUUUCAGUUGCAAGUUUUUUGCAGAAGAAAGGGUCAUUUGUGAACUAUUAUAUGUAUCAUGGAGGGACUAAUUUUGGAAGAACAUCCGGUGGCCCCUUCAUAGCGACAAGCUACGAUUACGACGCUCCAAUCGAUGAAUAUGGACUAGCAAGGGAACCAAAGUGGAGCCAUUUAAGGUACUUGCAUGGAGCCAUCAGGCAAUGUGAACCAGCAUUAGUCAAUGGAAAUCCCACAGUAACAUCUCUUGGAAAGAAACAAGAAGCUCAUGUGUUCUGGUACAAAGCUGGGGGUUGUUGUGCAUUCCUAGCAAACUAUGACACUCAAUGGGAAGUAAAUGUGACCCAUCAGAACUUGCCAUACACUUUGCCCCGCUGGUCGAUUAGCAUUCUCCCUGACUGCAAGAAAGUGAUCUUCAACACUGCACAGGUUGCGUUCCAAGGCACACAUCCGCGAAUGUGGCCUGUGCAGGAGGAGUCAUACUAUUGGCAAUCUUAUACUGAAGCAGUUGCAUCUCCUUCUGAUAAGGAUACAUUUAAAGCAGACGGUUUACGCGAACAGCUUAGUGUGACUUGGGACAAAACAGACUACUUGUGGUACAUGACAGAUGUCACCAUAGGUGCCAAUGAAGGGUUUCUAAAGACUGGACAACUUCCUGUCCUUACCGUAAACUCUACAGGUCAUGCUUUGAAUGUCUUCGUAAACGGGGAAUUAGCAGGAAAUGUUCAUGGAACAAUGGAAGAUCCAAGAACAACAUUCAGUGGUAAAGUGAACCUAAAAGCCGGUGUUAACAAGAUUGCAUUACUGAGUGUUUCUGUUGGUCUCCCGAACAUCGGGGUGCAUUUCGAGAAACGGAAUGUUGGGAUUCUUGGCCCUGUAACACUUCAGGGUCUCAAUUCUGGUACCUGGGACAUGUCCAAAUGGAAAUGGACAUACAAGAUUGGUCUGGAAGGUGAAGCUUUGAAUCUCUUCACAGGCAAAGGCUCAACUGUCACGUGGGUGGAAGGAGCUUUGCUUGCCAAAAAGAAGCCAUUGACAUGGUACAAGACAACGUUCGAUGCUCCGCUAGGCCAUGAUCCCUUAGCCUUGGACAUGAGUAGCAUGGGAAAAGGGCAAAUAUGGAUAAAUGGACAGAGCAUUGGGCGUCACUGGGCUGCAAACAUAGCCUCUGGUAAAUGUAGGCAAUGUGACUAUGCUGGUUCUUUCAUUCAAACCAAGUGUCUAAGUGGUUGCGGCGAGCCCUCUCAGAAAUGGUACCAUGUUCCGAGAUCAUGGGUGGUGCCGAAAGGGAACAGUCUGGUUGUUUUUGAGGAGUUGGGGGGAGAUCCUACUUGGAUUAAACUUGCCAUGAGAACACCACAGUGAAUCAAAAUUUGAUGGAUGGAGAGACAGACAGACAGACAGACAGACUCAUUUUUUUUUAUCAACUCAUGUAAUGAUGCCCAAUAAGCUGUGCUUUGUGGCAUAAAUUAGAUCCAAAUAUUCAAUGUUCUUCACAAAUUAGUGUAAAAAAUUUGAUAUAUUGUUAUUGUAUAUAAACCUUCAAAGUUCUGUGUAAUCAAGAUCUUUGGAAGGUAAUAUAGUGAAGGCAAACUAAG